AUUAAAGUAAAACCGUAUAUCAAUCAGACACAAGUACACAAACACUUAAUUUAGAACAGAGAUUUGUAGUCAACAGUCGGGUAUACUCGGCAAACGUGAAAAACAAUUAAUUAUGUUGUUACAGUUUGAAUCAUGUAUCCAAAGGAUAGAUACGUUCUUGAAAUUAAUUGGUUUGAGUAUAUACGGCAAUGAUAGUAAUAAAACUAUGGCACAGCGUCUAAGAAAGUAUUGGGUCUGUAUGAUUCACAUGGUAUCUUUCAACUAUUCCGUCUUGGGCGAAUUCAUUUGGUUGGGACGAGGCUUCGUGUAUGGCACAACGCUUUGGGAGAUCACCUAUCUAUUACCUUGCCUGACACUGUGCCUCCUUGGCAAUUUCAAAACGUAUUAUUUCAUACUUUACAAACACCAUGCUAACGACCUAAUUGAAGCACUAAGGAAGCUACAAAGUUCCGACGCAAAGUAUGAAGAAGAUCUUGUUGGAGAAAUGCAGAAAUGGGUAGUAUUUUUGUUCAAUAUUUCAAAGUUGCUACUAAUUUUAACUAUCAUUGGAGUUGUAGCGUUUGCUCUAGGCCCGUUUGUGAUUACCGCGUCGCAUUAUUAUACUGCUGGUGAAAUUAAAUUCUUUCUACCGUUCAAUGUUUGGUAUCCAUUCGAUGCAUUUGAAAUACGAACUUGGCCCGUCGUGUACCUACAUCAGCUGUGGUCAGGUGAGUCUCCUUGUUCAUUUUAUGAUAAUUAAAAACCUCGUCCUGA